AUGAAUACAGAUAAUACAGCAAAUACUAGUACUUCCCAACCUACUAUACAAUAUUAUCCCAACAACCACCAACAAGGAACUUCAUCAUCUACAAGACACAACCACGAGUUUAAUGCUGCUACAACCCUACAACAGACGAAACAGACCGACCAAAGCACAGCCGUGCAGCAAGGUAAUUGUCCACUAACCCCUCUCCUCAACAACCUUAUCAUCAACUCCCCAAUCACACAGCCUAGCGCAGAUACAACUAUCACCCCGAGUACUCAGCACUUUCCGGCUUCACUAAUACCCAGGCUGCCCACAUUGAGAGAAUCAGACUGUGGUGGAUCCUCAACUGUUGGUAAUUUCGUUGACCUCAUCAAGUUCAAUCACAAAACCCUGAAGGCAAACAUGAAGUACAACGAAGAGGAGCAAACAUUACAAACUGCCGAGGGUGGUGUCAUAGCCAUCAGAAAUAGUGUUCCUAUUGAACCUAGGUUCAAAGUUCAUGAACAUAUUCAAA